GACGCAACCACAUCGGCAGAUUCACCUGCGACCUCAUCCCUCCAAGCUGGCAGAUUCAUGUGUGACCCGUGCGUGUUGCGUCAGUUACCACUCGGAACGAGAUAGAUUGUUCGUAGACGAUGGAGACGAAGACGUUGCAGCUGCUGGAUAGCGCCGACGCCGUCGUGCGGCUGCGCCACGUGCUCGCCACGCAGCUGCAGCACGGCUGGAUGGACCUCGCCGCCGCCCGUUACAGUCACGCGUCGUCGCCUCUGGGUGACGGUGGGCUGAUGCAUCUCGUAGGGUGUGCGACGUCGCACCGGGCGUCGCCAGGCGACUCAAAUCGAGCGAGCGAAGAUGGCGAGGAAAAGGGAGAAGAUCCUCGGCUUGUCAGGGUAUGCGUUUCAGGAGGAGGAAUCGGGAAUGACGACGACAGGCGCGAAGGACAGCAUGAGGGGAAUGCGAUCGAAAAAGAGUGCUCCAGGUGUCCAUAUUUUCAAAUUCGCUGGCCUUGCGCGGUUCCUUGUAAGGAUUGCACGAGCAGCAGCAGUGGCGGCGCCAGCAUCAGCAGCGGCUGCAUCGGUUGCUGGAUCCGCCAAGAGAGCUCGUCUGCUCUUCCAGAGGCAGAUGUUGAUCGUCUGAAUCUAACCAGCGAAAGCCUUCAAGAUUCCGGUCACCCAGAAGCGAGAUCUGCGGGUGUGAGCUACGGUAAGCCAUUGCCCCUAGCGGGGUUGGCGCAUCCGUCACUGCGAUCAGCGCAGAGCAAAUUCGCCCGCGCUCUCGCUGUGGCUGUGGAAGUGGCUUCCUUGCAGCAACAGGUGGCUUCUCUUGAGAGACAGGUUCAGUCAGGCAUGCACGCUGUGAAGUGUGCCGCAGCGGAAGGGUGAGGUAGCGGAGGAGUGAGGAGAGGAGAUGUACUUAAAAGCGCCCGCGCACUGGCUGUGGCUGUGGAAGUGGCUUUCUUGCAGCAACAGGUGGCCUCCCUCGAGAGACAGGUUCAGUCAGGCAUGCAAUCUGUGAUGUGUGAGGCAGCGGAGGAGUGAGGAGAGCGUGAGAAGGGAAUCGACAUGGGAAGUGGAUUGCAGAGAAAGACAAUGUUGAGAAUGGAAGGUGGGAGUGAGGAGAUGGAAUGGUGAUUUUUGGAGGCAACUGGUGGCGAGGAUGUGAUGUGGGUGUGGGAGGUGAGCUUCAAUUGAUGGUUGCUUUGUCUCAAUGUGGCACUGUGAUCUAUUGAGAUAAUGUUAGCUGACGGGAUAUGCACACCUGCGUGUACAUACGACUUUGAAUCUCUUCUAUCAUGACUUAUAUCGUGAUAGGGAGGGAGGGACAUGUUUUGUGUACGUUUAAGAUGUUUAUUCCAAACUUUAAGUAAUACCACUAUGUCGA